AAAAGUGGAAUCAGAAGGGCUGGUGGGAGUUUGUCCAGCAGCUGGAGGUCUAGAAGCGCAUGGAGCGCCUCCGAAGCUGGACUGAGUUCUCCUGCGUCUGAGCUCAAGUUUCGGGAGGAAGGGGCUUUGGGGCAGACUGAAGAAGGCAGGUGCUGCUUGCAGCAAUGGAAGCAGAAAGCACCCUCUCUUAAGAGUUGGAGGUUGACUUUAAAGGUGGAGAACAUUUGUCAAGCAAAAGAAAGAAAGAAAACCUGCUCAAGUCAUGGGAGCUGAAGAAGAAGAAGUAGUUGUCACUCUUUCUGGAGGGGCUCCUUGGGGCUUUCGGCUGCAGGGGGGCUCGGAGCAGAAGAAGCCCCUUCAAGUAUCAAAGGUCCGCAAAAGAAGUAAAGCAUGUCGUGGUGGAUUGUGGGAAAAUGAUGAAUUAGUCUCCAUCAAUGGAAGACCAUGUGCUGGCCUCUCCCAUGCAAGUGCCAUGCAGCUCAUUGAUUCUUCCAACGGUGUCCUCAGCAUCGUUGUUAAAAGGGCAACUACUGGAGACCAGUCCAAUGGGAGAUUCCUACAAUCCCCUCCUCCCAGGCAGCUGCAAGUAGUUUCACCAACUUCGCCACUCGGCCAGGCUUCUCAGGUGCGUAGUCCUGAACCGGCAAGUCCCUGUGUAGUUCUAGAACCUGAGCAGCAGCCCAAGAGACAGCAGCACUUGGAGAUCCUAACAUCCCCUCCAGACAGUGAAGCAUACUAUGCUGAGACGGAUAGUGACGCUGACAACAUUGCUCAGGAAAAGCAGCGGAGAGCGCGCAAGAAGGGCCCCCGUUCUCCUCCAGAAGGAGUGAACAAUAAGGUGGUCGAGACACAGGAUGAAGUGUCUCUCUCAGAGCUGAGUGGGUAUGACAGCACCCCUGAAGCAACAACACAAGCUAGAGAAGGAGGAGAAGGCCUCAGUGGGGUGGCCAAGAGGGAGAUUGUCUGCCAGCCAGGAAGUCGCACAGACACCCCUUUUUCCGAGAGUGAAGCUUUGCUCCAGCCUCCUUUCCCUGAGGACCGAGAGCCAUCCCCAGAGGCCAUGCUUCUACCACAUAAAACUAAGAACAUUCGAGCAGAGAGACACCUUAUCCCUAUGAUAGGGCCUGUGGAGCACCCUGUCGAUGAGGACCUGACUACAAGCUAUGCUGAGAAAGCCAAACAAGCUAAGCUUCAUCGCAGUGAGAGCAUGCAAGAAAAAAACAUGAAAGAAGCCAAAACCAAAUGCCGAACCAUUGCAUCACUGUUGACAGAUGCACCCAACCCGCAUUCCAAGGGUGUCCUGAUGUUCAAAAAGCGCAGGCAGAGGGCUAAGAAGUACACCCUUGUCAGUUUUGGAAGUGUUGAUGAAGACCGUUGCUAUGAUGAAGAGGAUGGUGUCUUUCCAACCAGUGAGUCUGAAUUUGAUGAGGAAGGCUUCUCUGAUGCCAGGAGCUUAACAAACCAUUCAGACUGGGACACGUCUUACCUUGAUAUUGAGAAGCCGAAAGGGGAUCCUGCACAUGAGCAGGCCCAACCUCAACAGGUCCUCAGUGAAGCCUCAGGCAGGGGAGCCCAGUUGUUUGAGCAGCAGAGGCAGAAAGCUGGCAAACAUACAUUGGAAAAAGUCACCAUCCAGAAGUCGGAGGAACAACCCCCAGCCUCAGUUAUUCUGCCAACUCAUAGAUUGGGGGGUGAGGAAGCCCCUAUACCACAGAGGGCAGAAAAGGCCCCACUGAGUGUCCAUUUAGAAUCUGUGCAAGUCUCCAGCCAGCUGCCAUCCCCUAGCCCUGCUCAACUCCAGUCUCCCUCUGGCAUCUUUGGAGGAAGUGCCCACAUUUCUUCUGGUACCCCAAGUAUCUUCAACCGAUCUGCCCGACCUUUCACACCUGGGGUCAUUGGACAGCGACCUGUAACAUCUUCAGUUGUGUUUAGACCAUCAGUGCCAAAGAAAAGCAGUGAGAGUUUGAGUGAACAGAGAACAUCGGCGUCUCCUUUCUUUCCUGGGACCACAGUGUUUCCUCCCACACCAUCGCCAAUGCAGCCUAAUGGGCCAGCAAGCACAUCCGUCUCUCUAUUUAUCCCAACGACCCCCUCACCAAUGCAGCCAACAGGGGUUGGGAAUACAGCAGAAGCUAAACCACUUUCCAACACAGCCAGAACCUCCACAGCUUCCAUUUACCUUUCAGCUCCCUCUAAGCCAGCUCCAGGUGUGGUUGCUGCUACAUCCCCACCAUCCUUGCCUUCACAAACCCAGGAGACAACUGCUUCCACGUUGUAUCUUAGCCCCACCACACAGCCUUUCCCUGCCAUUGCACCAGCUAUUUCACGGCCUGCCUCUGAGCCCUUUGCCUCCAGAGAGCAGAGGGUCUCAUUUCCAGCUCCCAGAACUGGAAUCUUGCAGGAGGCCCGUCGACGGAGCAGCAAGAAGCCCAUGUUCAAGUCUGUGGAAGAAAAGAAAAAGAAUUCUCCUAACCCAGAGUUAUUGUCCCUUGUGCAGAACCUGGAUGAAAAGCCCAAGGGAGACCAUCAUGGGGCAGGAUUUGAGUCUGGGCCUGAGGAAGACGUCCUCAGUCUGGGAGCGGAAGCCUGCAACUUCAUGCAGGCUUCAGGCCGGAGGUUCAAGACCCCACCUCCAGUAGCACCUAAACCUCAGCCAUCACAGGCUGCAGGAGGAUUGGUGAAUGGCAUGUCCCCUUUGAAGGGGAAAGGGGCAGAGCUUUUUGCAAAGCGACAGAGCCGCAUGGACAAAUUUGUAGUGGAGGCAGCACCAUCCUCAGUCUCAAAGCCCAGAACCCCAUCCCCAGCUCCUUCCCUGCCUUCCUCUUGGAAGUACUCCUCAAAUAUCCGUGCUCCGCCCCCCAUAGCUUACAACCCACUGCAUUCCCCAUUUUACCCCUUGGCAGCCAGCAAAUCUCAAGGAAUCAAAGCAGAGAGCAAAGUGAAAAAGCCACCUAGUCAGAAGUCAGGAAUCAAGGCCAUUGACUUCAUGAGACAUCAGCCAUACCAGCUAAAUUCUGCCAUGUUUUGUUUUGGGGAGACGCCAAGCUCUGGUGGUGGUGCUCAGUCCGGCACAGCCCAGAGAGGCCAGCAGUCCAGCUUAUCAUUCACCCCAGCCAAGCAAGCACCCGUGAAAACUGCGAGGACCUAUGAGAUCCGUCGCUUCUCCACCCCUGCCCCUAUGCCAGUUUCGAGUAACUUGGCCCCUACCGUUCUGGCUCCCCGUUCUGCCACCACAUUGGACGAACCGGUGUGGAGGACAGAAAUGACCUCCACUUCUGCCCCUGGCUCCCCUGGGCCCUUUCAAGCGGCUCCCCCCCAUUACCAAAGCUCUCCCGAACUCAGUGAGGCAUACAGAGUGGCCUCCCCCAGCCGUCCCACCUCAUCCUCCAGUUUCCAGGUAGCCAGGCCUAGAUUCUCAGCGGCCCAAACUGGGAUGCAAGCGCAUGUGUGGAGACCAGGCUCUAGUCAGCAUUGAAAAAAAGAGUUGAUUUUCCUGUCUCCACCACAGGACACUCUUUGGGUGUAUGCAUAAGAUUCUCAACCCCCCAGAUAACAUCUAAAAAGUGUAAGUGCAGCAAUCAGUUUAAAAAAAACCCCUUGUGUCUUACAAGUAUACUCACCAGAAUGCUAGGAUUGGCUGUAGUUUUAUUGCUGAGUGUCUGUUUGAUGGCAAUCCCAACUUCACUUCUCAGAAUGUGAGAAAUCACCCACAGGCACAAGGCACAUAUUUGAAAAAAGUGGUGACUUUUGAGUCUCUAUCCCCUUUUAAAAAUUGAUUUCUAGAAAUCGGGACAGUGAAAUCAACAGGUAUCAAAGCUGGGAACAAAGAGCCUUUUUUCAUGAAUCCCUCUUGCUCCCCACCUCUCCACCCUUUGGACAUGCAUCAUUUCCAAGGGAUUCAACAGUUUGUAAGUAGAGGGAGGGGAGGGCAGUGAUAUACAAGAUCUUCUUAUUCACAUAGAGGGAUAAAUCCAAUGAUAAGGCCAUAAGCAUCCUAAUGAACAGCACUAUGAUGUAGCAUAUGCAAGUGCCUUUCAUCUCUGAAGUACUUUAGAAACAGCACCUUCCUCAGAUCCUCAGCUCCCCUCCUUAAAGCCUAAGUGCCUUGGGAGUAGUGGUAAGAAACGGGCAAGCCAGUGAAAGAAAAACAACAAAACAGCGUAGCCCAAAUCCUUUGAUUAUCCUCAACAUUUGUUUGCGGUAACCUGUAGAUUCAUGGAUUCCACCAGUGGCUUUGAAACAGUGGUGGGUUUUUGGAAAUUUGUUGUGCCAAGAGGUGAUCAGUAAUGGAAGGCAAGUUGGCCCCCUGCAGCACUGCAUCCUAAGGUGACCUUUCAUAUCAUGCUGAAUAUUGGCGUGGUACAACAGACUUAGCCUUUGCCUUAUCUUAAUCAAAGGCAGAGCUUCAGUGUGUAUCCCAAAGUCCAUUUUUGCCAAAACAAAAUAGUGAAUGCCAUAGGUCAGUGUGUGGACAAGCAGAUACAAGAGAUGUUUUGCAUUUGCUGGGAAGAAUGAACCAAUUUUCCACUGAUUUCCUUGGAUUGGAUUAUCAUCUACACCUUUGCAUUUUGAGGCAAAUAUGAAUGUGACUAAUGCAGCUUUCCUGAAGAAUUCUUUGUAAAACAUAGUGAUCCCAAUAAGUUUGAUAGAAAGUGUGAAAGCCACUGAACCAUUGAAGAGAACACAUGAUUUCAUAGUUAAUUAAAUAGGACAGGAGGUCCAAAUUCCUCUUCUGAAAAGAAACAUUACCUGGUUAUUCCCCCUCCUAAUCCACUUUGAGCAGCUGGACCAGGGACUAUUUUAUUACUAAGGCCAAAAAUUAGUUUGAGGUAACAAGGAGAAAUUAAAGGCGCACAGAUUUGACAAGUAGCUCAAGCUCUUGACCUUCAAUUGUAGUCAGGAGAGACUUAGCCCCUAUCUCUUAAUGUAGGAAGAAAAUUGACUUUUGCCUAAAACAAGGACUGAAUGGCCCAUUGGUGAAUGUAUCAGAGGAAAUACUACAUGUUUAGAUAGCCUUCAUAUGAAAGGGAGACCUAAGUAUGGACCAUUGAAUUUUAGAAUGGAACCGGUGUGAUUGAUCUCUUCAUAGAAUCGGAAAGUUAAGUGGGAGGGAUAUGUGAGCAAGUGCAUAAGGACUUUGAAACCAAAGGGAAAUGAUUUGUAUGCAUGCUUCAACUAUUUGAUUCAAUCUGUGAUAAGUCAUGUUGCUAUUAGCAAGUGAAAGGGGAAGUGGCAAUAUAGGCCCAUCUUUUGCAGACUCUCCUAAUUCAAUAGAAAAUAGUAGGGAAGGAGAAAAAUGAAGAGAUGUUUUAUAUUCAUGCAAAGUGUUUGUGGCAUUGGGUUGAAGACAUACAUGAAUUGAAGGACGAAGGCCUACCCCGGUUGUGUUUGGAGAUUCCUCAGAGCCAUACAUCCCCACCACACACCCCAAAUCUGUAAUCCCUGUGAUACCUUUUCUCUCCAGAUAACUUGAUGCGCCUCAGUGUGGCUUCUUUAUUACAAGCUCAUUUGCAUGGGGGGAGGGAAGUCUAGAGAUGAUAUGUAUCUGUCCCCUUUCGAAAACAUAUUAAUUAAUUGAUCAAUCAAUAUAAAAUGGCAGGGUAAAUAAAUAGUUUAGCAUAUGAGGUCGCUGUAAGUCAAUAAGUGACUUGAAGGCACACACAGAGCAUAUAGGUUAAAAAGGUAAAGGUUUCAAGUCCAGUCAUGUCUGACUCUGGGGUGUGGUGCUCAUUUCCAUUUCUAAGCUGAAGAGCCGGCAUUGUCCGUAGACACCUCCAAGGUCAUGUGGCCGGCAUGACUGCAUGGAGCGCCGUUACCUUCCCGCCAGAGCGGUACCUAUUGAUCUACUCGCAUUGGCAUGUUUUCUAACUGCUAGGUUGGCAGGAGCUGGAGCUAACAACGGCUGCUCCCGCUGCUCCCGGGGCUUGAACCUUGGACCUUUCGGUCUGCAGCUCAGUGCUUUAACGCACUUUGCCACUGGGGCUCCUGUGCAUAUAGGUUACCCCCACCUAAAUUGGACAUUGCCUAGCUUAUCAUGGUUAUUGGUCUGGGAAAAUUCAUGCUUUGUUAUUUAUAUAGAUAAAAAAAUUGCUACUGUUCACUCUGUGCCCAUGGAAGCCAAGGAAUAUAUGGUAAUCCUUUCAUGGUCUUUAGACAAAAGCAUUUGUGCCAUUUCAUCUCCAUGUAUCAUAUUUCUGUUUCUAUCGGCAAUAGAGUGCUCACAUUCUCAAACUCCAUGCUAGUUAUAAAAGAAAAUUGCAAGCCUGCCAAUGCAAGAUUUAACACACAAACACAUAUAUGUACACCAGAUGCCCAGAAGCCAAUCACUGCUUGUUAUCAAAAUUCCAGUGUCUGCCACAUAUCUUCAAAGGCAUAGUGCUAUAUGAAAAAUAUUUUAAAUUCUAGCAUGCAUAAUUUAUCAGACCUGCAGCUUUUCCAAGAAUUAUGACACACUGUCCCAGAAAUCACAAUUAACGAAACACCUAGGCUUCAGUUGAACAGUUGGAAUGUGAAUUGGCCUAGUUUCAGAAACUUGGUAUGUGUUAAAAUCAAAAGAUUUGGGAGAUACCUCUGUGUGUAUCUUUGGACCAUUCUUCAUAUUAUAGUUCAAGUGUAGAUUGAAAGACUGUCGGGAUGGGUAGAGGGAAUAGUUUGAUUGUCUCGGGGGGGGGGGGGGGGGAACCCUGGCAGUGGCUUAUUAUCUGUGACAUUGUGACCCUUUGUAAUGACUGCGGGUGCAUCUACACCACCAUAUAAUCCAGUUUCUGAAUCCAGAUUAUCUGCUUUGAAUUGGAUUAUAUGAGUCUAUAUUGCCAUGGAUUAUAUUGCACUGUAGAUGGGGCCAGAGAUAAAAUAGUAGAAAAGACUUGUAUGAAAAAAAAACAUUGUUGGAUAUCAGCAGAAAUUGUGCCAACGUGAAAAUAUUAGAGUUACUGCACAAUGUCUAAGGAAGUCUUUGGAAUAAGGAUUUUAGAAGAAGAGACUUUAAAAAGGCCUUAUUCUCCUCCUCCCAUUCUUGACUCACUUGUCUGUAUAGAAAGUCAAUUAAGCAGAUGAUGAAGUUGGGGCUCAAAAUGAAGAAAGCAGAGGAAUGGGUGCAGAAAGAAAACAGGUAACAAUCUGAGGGGUAAAAGAAAAGCCAUUCUUGUUCAAGAAUGAGACCGAAGUAUCAUGUCCUUUUUCACAUCCAGAUUUUAUACUUAGGGAGAAGAAGCACAAUUAGAUUAUUCAGCACUUGGUCUCCUACUGUCCUGAUGAUCUCACAUAGACAUAUAUUGCUAUUUAGAUAAACAAAGUCAUCAUACUGGCAGCUGGAAUCACCACACAUCAUGGUAAAUCUGGAUGUACAGUAGAGUCUCACUUAUCCAACAUAAACGGGCCGGCAGAAUGUUGGAUAACCGAAUAUGCUGGAUAAUAAGGAGAGAUUAAGAAGAAGCCUAUUAAACAUCAAAAUAGGUUAUGAUUUUACAAAUUAAGAACCAAAACAUCGUGUUAUACAACAAAUUUGACAGAAAAAAUAGUUCAUUACACAUUAAUGCUAUGUAGUAAUUACUGUAUUUACAAAUUUAGCACCAAAAUAUCACAAUGCAUUGUAAACAUUGACAACAAAAAUGCGUUGGAUAAUCCAGAAUGUUGGAUAAGUGAGUGUUGGAUAAGUGAGACUGUACUGUACUUGCAUUGCCCGGCUUUCCCGCACCUCAUAUUACGAAGGAAGCAUCCACUACCCGGCUUAUCCCCAUUGAUUUCUAUGUAACAUGGGAAGCAUACACCAGUUCACCUUCCCUUUUGCAAUGGAGCCCAACCGGAAGCAGAUCUACGUCGUGGGUUGGGAGCCAACCAGCUCCGUCUCAAAAGGGAAAGUGAAGCAGCAUAUGCUGCCGAAAAGUAUCCCUUCUGAUGAGGUCGCUAGAAGGAAUAUUGGUCACUGGGACUUACUUCCCAGGACUGCUGUGCUGUGGAAUGGAAACUCCUAACUACUGACUGCAAAGAGCCUCUGUGUGUUUAAUAAUAAUAAUAAUAAUAAUAAUAAUAAUAAUAAUAAUAAUAAUAAUAAUACACUUUAUUUAUAUUCUGCUUUAUCUCCCCAGAGGGACUCAGAGCGGACUACAGUACACAUAUAAGGCAAACAUUCAAUGCCUUUUACACAAUGACAUAUAAAACACAGACAAGGUAAAGGCCUUCCCAUUUUCAUCUCCGGCGUCUGGAGGCAGUCUUCAACUCCAGCCAUGGGCAGGUGCUCUUGUUCCAUUUUUCCAUGCCAAGGAGUAUAUUGUCCAUAGACAUGUCUGUGUUUUGCCUUCAUGUCUGCAUGGGACGUCCUUUUAACUUUCCGCCGAGGUGGUUCCUAUUGAUCAUCCGUGUGUCUUUCUGCAAGACGUUCCGUGCCAUAUCACAGUGACACAGGAACACCAUGUAGCACUUGAAGGCAAAAGCCCCUUAUACUGGAAAAGCUUGUUUCAGACAUCAAAUGUGUGGGGCCAACUCUGACAAUAUGGUAUUCGGAACCAUUACAAUGUAAAUGCUUUGUUUUACAUUUAUCUGUAGUAAGAACAGAUAUGAAAUUGUGAUGUGGGAUGGUCACCAUGGAAGAAGGAUGGGCCCAAAAUCAGGCUACAGACUAGAGGAAAGGAUCCGGUGAAUCUUGCUGGGAAGUGUUCAAAGUGACCAUAACUAAGGCCGUCUAUGAUAUGUCCAGAGUCUAGUCUAAUGGCUCAAGAAGCAAUACCAGGAACUCAAAUACAGAAUAAAGUUGAAUGGCUUAGGAGAAGCUUUUGGAAGUUUCCCAUCAUUCUCGAAGUGACAUGUGACUCUGCUGGAAACCGCAUCAGAGAAACCUUCACUGUGUCAUUCUUUCUCAAAUCUGUCAUCAUUUAUAGUUGCGACUGGUACCUCUCCUGCUUCUGUUAUUAGUAUUUUACACACAGAAUUAGCCAACAAGAAGAUUCUUUCACAUGAAGGGCUGUACUUCUGGAAAAAUUAUAGACUUGUUUUGUUCUUUUCAUCAUAUUCUUGUUUUACUUUGGAGUUAAAAGGUCACUUUCCAACUGCUUGUGCUAAGGAAUAAAUUUCUGAUAUGCACUUUAA